GACGACGAUGAUGAUGAUGACGGAGCUGGAGUGAAACAGAGCCAAUGAUCAAAAGAGGAAACAUGAAAGAUGCUGUGUGUCAUAAUUUUUCUCAGGAUUCUAGCCCACAGUUUCAGGAGAACUUUACUCAGGUGGCAAUCCCUGUGUGGAGAGGAGUCCAGUUUUCCCUCUUCAAGCCCAGCAGGAACAACAGCAGGCCUCUCUUCCUAGAGGUACUUCGAGUAAGACCAGAUACCAAUCCGGAUCAGAUGAUGAGGAGCAGAUUGGGGCUGUGUGUGCUGGGACUGCUGUGCCUCCACAGCUCAGUGUUUGGUCAGGAUGCAGCGCAGGAUCCGACUGGUGUCCUGAUCUUCUGUGAUGACCCGUCUGUAGAGAGGGCUGCCCACAGCGCUGUGAGCAAGUUCAACGAGGGGAUGAGCACUGGACACAAUCUGGCCCUCUUUCAGAUACUCUCAGCCAGAAAGUCAGAGAAUGGCGCAGAUUCUGUGUACUCACUGCGCUUCACCAGCAGGAAGAGCGACUGUCUAGCUGGAAGUAACAAACCCUGGACAGACUGUGACUAUCUGCCUCAUGGACGCAAGGAGCCAUUUACAUGCAAUGCCACCGUCUACAUGACAGAGACCGAAGCAGACACCAGACAGGUUGAUUGUCGGUUUGAAAAUGUUAUCAUCCCAGAGAGAGCUUCCUGUUUGGGCUGCCCCCAGGACAUAGAUGAGAACUCAGAGGACCUUAAAGUUCCUAUUUCAGCUUCCAUCUCAAAGUACAACACCAUCUCUAACUCUACUCACCUGUUCUCCCUGAACAGAGUUGGCUACGCCACCAGACAGGUGUUGGCAGGUUUCAGGUUCAAGCUCAGCUUUGAUAUGAAGAAGACAGUUUGCGCUAAGGCGGAACACAACGACCUCAGCGAGCUGUGUGGUCAUGAUGAAGAGAACCUGGAGUUUGCUAACUGUAACUCCACAGUGGAUCUAGCACCGUGGAGACUUGAGGCCCCACUGGCCGAAGUCCAGUGUGAAGCAGGGUCAAUGCCUCCCACGGUGUUGAAGCGUCGCCCUCCUGGCUGGUCUCCGCUGAGGAACCUUGAAUACAAUAAUCCUGCUAUUACUCCAUCUCCAUCAAAUCCCACUGCACCGCCCCCACCCAAGGCUGCCAAAGCCAAAGAAGAAUCUUCUGAGGAAGACACCAAAGCCUCGAAGCCGUCUGCCUCUCCUGAUGCUGCCAACAACAAUCCUUUCCACUGUCCGUCCAAGCCCUGGAAACCAUUCAACCCCAUCAGUUCUGCAGGUCCUAUGAAGGACCCCACAGAGGCCACACCUGCAGUCGACGGGGGCUUUAAAGACACAGACCUGAUCGGGGCAUAGGGUUCUCCUCAAGGAAACCACAUUUCUGUUCAGAUUAAUCUCACUCGCUCUCACAGCUGAUUAUUUUGACCAUACUCUACUAAGCUGGGUUGCAUCUUCUGGGCUGUCCUGCAGAUUUAAACUAUUAAAGAGAAAAAUGUUGAAACAUAAGGGGAGAAACACAUUUUGGGCCUCAGACAGCACUGGGAACAGACUGCAGUGAUGAUAGAUCCUUUACUGUUAUCAUAUCAAGUUUCUUUGAAUGAAUCAUAGUAAAGAGCAAUUCAGUGCCCACAUAUUUGGUUAUCAGAGAUGUGACAAAUGUAAAAGAGUAUAUUGGAAAUCUGUCAUCCUCCUCAGGAUGGACAUUCAAGACAACAGAAAUAAAACUUUAUUGUUUCUUGUUUA